AUGCAGAAGUUGGCCAUGGAAAAUGGUGAGCAUCUAUCUAAAAACUCGAUUUAUCAAUUAGACGAAGAAGUAAUGGUGAAUGCUGGUGAGUUGGGAAAACGCGGUCACCGGUUAGAUUUUUUCGUUGCCGAGACAUAUGGAAAUGAAGAAAAGAGCAUUCUGAUGACGGCGAAUCUUUGGCGGAAAAAUGUCAGUGCAUACAUUGGGCCACAAGAGACUUGCGUGCAUGAAGGACGAAUGGCUGCAGCUUUCAACAUACCGAUGAUUUCCUAUUACUGCACAAAUCGAGUGACUUCCAACAAAAAAGAAUUUCCAACAUUUGCCCGCACUCGCCCUCCCGACACUCAAAUUUCCAAGUCCGUAGUUGCAGUACUAAAAGUUUUCAAUUGGACUAAGGUGUCAUUCAUGUUCAUGAACGCCUCGAGCUUCGAAUUUUACGAGAUGCCGACAGUGGCGAAAACGAUCAUCGCCUCGUUCCGCUAUGCGGGAAUAACACUCAACAGUGUCAAAUGCUGGGAGGAGUCGUACAGAGUCGUGGAAAACUUGAACAAUCCCUUCCACAAGCUUGUCGCCGAGACGUACGCUGACACGCGAAUUUACGUUAUUCUUGGAAAUGUCGAAGAGCAUAUUGGUCUACUGAUGGCGUUAGAUAAGAGAAAUUUAUUGAAAACAGGGGAGUAUUGGGUAGUUGGUGUGAACACUGAAACGUACAACGAUCGUGAACCAGAUGUUUAUGUUCGUGGAUUACUGAAAAAAUAUCCCAAUUCCCAAUCCCUGCGAAUCCUCCAAAGUUAUUUCAGUGUUAUAGCUUCGGCUCCAAUUGGUUACUUAAACUUCACUAAUAAGGUCAACGAAUAUAGACAAAAGCCACCGUUUAAUUUCAAGAAUCCACUAAAGACCUUCAAAGAGGAAGGCCACAUUCAGGCCGUACCGGAAACUGCAUACCUCUACGACUCAAUCCACCUUUACGCGCAAAGUCUUAUUAAGGCACUCGAUGAGGGCCGAGAUCCACGAAACGGUAAAGAGAUUAUUUCUUCACUUUAUGGACUUCAUUAUCGCAGCGCGAUGGGAUAUAUGGUGUACAUGGAUGAAGACGGUGACCCGGAGGGCAAUUACACUUUGAUAGCACUGGACAAUCAGGUCUCAAAAGGUCACGGACUGUAUCCCAUUGGCCGUUUCAUCGGCAAGGAGAACGGCACAAACCUACCGAAAUUACGUACUAUUCGACAUAUUCCUUGGGUCGGUGAUAAGCCUCCAGUCGAUGAGCCUUACUGCGGUUAUCACGGGGAAAAAUGUUAUUCCCACACAGGUGAAAUUAUUGGUGGAAUCACAGGCGGACUGUUAUUAGUGUUCGUUGCAAUAUCUCUGAUUCUUUAUAGAAAUUGGAAGUAUGAACAAGAACUCGAUUCUUUGCUAUGGAAAGUCAAUUACAAAGAUAUUGAGAUUAAAGAAACCAAAGAUGAUUCAGCAACUACUGGCGAACAACUAUUCAAAAAUAAUUCAAAGAAUCCAUGUCAACCACACGUAAGAACUAGUCAAGCGUCUCUCAGCUCGAACCCUGACGCUGACUUUCGCUACUCAAUGAUUUACACGCAAGUGGGAAUCUAUAAAGGUCGCAUUUUCGCUGUAAAGAAGGUGAAGAAAAAAUCAAUAGAAAUCACUCGAGAAAUGAAGAAGGAAUUGAAAAUUAUGCGAGACUUAAGGCACGAUAAUUUGAAUGCUUUCAUUGGAGCUUGCACAGAUCCACCGAAUAUUUGCAUCGUCGUCGAGUACUGUGCCCGUGGAAGCUUAAAGGACAUUCUAGAAAACGAAGAUAUUAAGCUCGAUAACAUGUUCAUGGCAUCGUUGGUAGGCGACAUCAUGAGAGGCAUGAUUUACCUUCACGAGUCCGUCAUAAAAUUCCACGGCUCCCUCAGCACAUCCAACUGCCUCGUGGAUUCGCGUUGGGUCGUUAAAUUGGCAGAUUUCGGGCUCCACGAAUUUAAACGCGACUCCGAGCUCGAGUCCGUCGACGUCAUGAAGAAGUAUCGCGGACUGCUGUACAAGGCGCCGGAGCUGCUGCGCUCGAAGCCGAUCGAGCCGUCGCUGAGGGACUUCCAGAAGAGCGACGUCUACUCCUUCGGCAUCGUUCUCUACGAACUCCAGGGCAGACACGGGCCCUACGGCAUCACCGACUUGUCCGCCCCCGAUAUUCUCAAGAAAAUCAUAAGCAUCGAGGAAGGCGCCCCUUUAUUCCGACCACCGCUGGAUCAGCUGGAAAACUGCUUUGACUUUGUUAGGGACUGUCUUGUGGAAUGCUGGUCGGAGAAUCCGGAGCUUCGUCCCGAUUUCAAAGUCAUCCGAGGUAAAUUGCGACCACUGCGAAAAGGCAUGAAGCCAAACAUCUUUGAUAAUAUGAUGGCGAUGAUGGAAAAGUAUGCUAAUAAUCUGGAAGCGUUGGUCGACGAGCGAACCGACCAAUUGUCCGAAGAGAAAAAGAAAACUGACGCCCUGCUGUACGAGAUGCUGCCGCGUUAUGUGGCAGAACAGCUGAAGCGCGGCCACAAAGUCGAAGCCGAGAAUUUCGACUGCGUGACUAUUUACUUCAGUGACAUCGUCGGCUUCACCGCCAUGUCCGCCGAGAGCACCCCCCUUCAGGUAGUUGAUUUCCUGAACGACCUUUACACAUAUUUCGACUCUACAAUUGAAAAUUACGACGUCUACAAAGUCGAAACAAUUGGCGAUGCUUAUAUGGUUGUAAGCGGAUUGCCCAUUAGAAAUGGAAUUCAACACGCGGGAGAGAUAGCAAGCAUGUCAUUGUGUCUUUUGGAUGCUAUAAAACAAUUUUCAAUUCGUCACAGGCCUUUAGAUAAAUUACAAUUAAGAAUUGGAAUACAUUCUGGACCUGUAUGCGCUGGUGUCGUGGGUCUCAAAAUGCCACGCUACUGUUUAUUUGGCGAUACUGUUAAUACGGCCAGUCGAAUGGAAUCCACAGGCUCGCCGCUGCGCAUCCACUGCAGCAUGGAAACGAAGCUGCUGCUCGAUCAACUGGGUGGCUUCAGCCUGGCCGAGCGAGGCCUUGUGCCGAUGAAGGGCAAGGGUGAGCGUCUGACCUUUUGGCUGAUCGGCGAGGAGCCGAGCAUGCGGGAGGAGCGGAACCGCGAGCGACUCAAUAGGCGAGUGGGACUGGCGCCCGGAGCGGAGUGUAGCGCCUACGAGGAGCUAUCCGCGCCUCGCAGCUCCCUCAAGAACAAAUCCCUCGCGAGGACGAUUUUCCUGCGAUGCUCGAGCGAGUCGCCCAAGAGGCUGCGCUUCGCCAGCUCGGACCACCUCGACCAGGCGACCAAGGUUGCGCGACCCGGUGACAUAGGCAAGCCCGAGUCCAUCGCCGAUGGAAGCCCCUGCAACGGCCGUGGACUGUGUUCCUCCGGCAGAUCAUCCUGCAUGGAGGGCACGAGGUCGUCGAGCAGCUCGUGCCCGUGCGUCGAGCAAAUUGGCGAAACGUCGCUUCCACUACGUCUACCUGUAGCCGUCCAUCUUAAGCUCGCACCCCAGCUGGAAACUGGUAGCGUCCCGGUUCUCCUACCCGAGGCUCGCGAGCACGAGGAAGAGGACGAGAAGGAAGAAAACGGGGCCGGCGGCUACUACUCCCGACUAGGCGAUAAGGGUCUUCACCCCGGCAAGCAAGGACUACUCCAGGGUGCCUGCAGGUCUGCACCCAGUAGUCCCAGUAGAGGCUCCAUUCUCCUGGUCAGCCCUCGACGAGCCGUCCAGUCGAACGAAGAGCUCGAGGAAUGGGACGCCGCACCCCUCAUCCAUUACGAAUCCCACGUCCCGAAGUUGCAUUACCGAGUGUAAAGAUGUGCAAUGCCGCGCUCGCGACUGUAAUUCGUUUAAACGAUUUAUUUAAGCUCGUUAAUGACGCCACGAUACCGAUUGCUAAUUACCAAGGCGGUCCUCGCCGACUUUCAGUAUUUAUAGAAAAGAGGCCCCGAAACGACGAGAGCUGACACUCAUCAACAUACGAAAUCACUAGCCUGAGCUUUCCUGCGUUGUUCAUUAAAUCUGUACGAUAUUAGGCAAAAUGAUGAAAUAUUUACUUAUAAGGAGCGAACAUUCGU